GGAAAAGAAAUGACUUUUUUAUCAGGAUCAUUGUGAUAAAGGAGAGAGGAUUUACUUUUUAUAAGAAGGAAGGUCCACUUUUUAAGUUUCCACUUUCAAGCACCAUACUUUUUAAGGAGUACCAUCGACCACGACUGAUCAUAUUCACCGUCGCAACGUCCUUUCAUCACCGUCAUCAUCCCGUUCUAUCUGAUGGCAACUUCCACCAUGGAUGCGAUGACAACCCUUGAAACGACACCACUUGACGAAGGGACAUCAGGUGUUGGAUCCCUUCCAAACUACAUGCUUAUCAUCGUGUUGGCUGGUGGUGUCUCCAUUGCCUUUCUUGCUGUCGUUCUUUUGAUGGCAAUUAUAGGCGUAUUCAAAACAAAAAGGAAAAGCGGCACUGCCAAAAUUUCGAAUACCGGAAACAACAGCGGUGAACCUGUUUCAGUUCAAGUCGAGCUAAGGACCAGUCCUUACCCAGAACCUGAUAAACUGGAACAGAACCAGGACUACUUGCGGCCUCGUUCCUAUCGUGAAGCAGAAUACACUAACACAGGCGAUAUGACCCAGGUCAUCCCCAGUGAUCGAAUGAUGGCUCAUGUUAUGUAUGAAAAUAUUGAGUUUGGCGAUCUUGGGGCAUUGUACCACAAUGAUCCGAUUGGAACUCUCAGACACUAAACCGAACUUCUCAAGGAGCCACGAGCCUAAUUACAUCAGGAGGGCUAAAGAUAUUCGUUCGACCCAACCCAUUCGAAUUUUUUUAAUUUGAUAUUGCUGAUUGGUCAACGUGUAUGAAUAUGAUUCAAAAUCUAUCACUGAUUCUAGAAAUGGUAACUACUGAACUUCCUUUGCCCAAAUUGGGAAGAUAUAUCGAUGAUUUGGAACUAUUUUUUGACUGGCGGAAGAAUUGGGGCUAUUUUACUGUUUCAGUUGAUGAAUUUGAUGCCAUCAUAGUUAUCUUCAUAAAUGGCAAUUUAUUUUUAAAAUGAGCUGGCUACGAUACCCUUCUCUGGUCAGACAUGGAAUGUCAGAUAUAUAUCCUAUCCAAAGGUAGUAAACAUUCGACCGUCUAAUUUAAUAUUUAUUUUUUAUGAAUUUUUCUUAAGUGCCAUUUUAACACACAGGUCUAUGGGGAAUGUUUUACGCGCGUGACACCUCAAAUAACUCUCCGAAAAUCAGUUGAAUUUUGCUUCCCUAUAGUCACACAUCUUAAAUCACAACCGAUUUCCACCGCAUGAUGGUAUAAACCUUUCAUCUCAUUCCACUCUCACUUUGAUCCAGGUUGGACGAGGAUUUUUAUUAUGGGUCGAGCCAGGUAUUUAAGGGUUCAGAAUGAUUUCAUGUCAAGUUUAGUAAGUCAAGUCAUUGUUAUGUACUUGAUAUAAGUCGAAUCAUAGAUAAUUGUUUUGGGGUUCAGAAUGGUUUCAAGUCGAGUGAAGUAAGCCAAGUCAUUGAAGUGUAGAGUCCAAGUCGGGUUAUUUGGGGUUUCGAGUAGAGUUGAUAAAGUCAAGUCCUUGAUUUCAAGUCGACGUACUAAGUGAAUAAAGUCUUUGAUAGAGAUUGAGUCACGCUAUUGAAAUAAGAUUAAUUUUGAGUGUCGAGUCGAGUGGUUGAAUGUUUUGGUGUAUAGAGGUGGACUCGGGUUAUUUAAGAUUUGAGAAUUAUUUCCAGUCGAGUCGUAUGGCCCUGGGAAGUGGGGGUGCUGUGUGUAAUAUUCUCCAUAGGCAGUACCCCCAGGUAUUCUGGAAAAAUGUCACCCAAUGACAUUAAUUCUCUAUUGAAUCCUCAAUUUUUCUUUCUUUUCAAAUUCCCAAUUUGAUCUGCAUUUUGUAGUGAAAAUCUUCUUCUUUUGUUUUUGCUUUUCAAAUUUACAUCAGAACCGUUGUCAUUGAUAAAGAGUUAUGUGAUGAUAUUUUGGGGGUCGUAAUGGUUUCCAAUGGAAGCCAUCGACGGAUCAAGUCAUGUUGUUUGGGGUCGUGGAAUGAUUUCGAGUUUGAGUCGAAGUCAGGCUUUCGAUAUAGAAAUCAUGUCAUAUUACUUAGGUUUGGAAUUAUUUCGAGUCGAGUAAGUGAAAUCAUUAAAAAUGGAAACCUUUAGACCGUGUCGGUCUACACCCACGUACUAUCCAAAAUUACACAAUCAAUAUAUACCCACACAAUACGUCAUAUUAUUUUACGGGAUGUUUAUUUUCUGAUAAAUGUUUAGAUUGUUUCGCAAAUAAAAAUGAACAUUCUUUUUAUUAUUUUCAAUACAGGACUAUGCCUUUCUAACAC